AAGCAUGAUGAAAUUGGAAAUAAAGGAUUUGAAUGACAUUCUUUCUAUGCUAAGGAACAGCAAAUUUGAUUAUGUUAAAUGGAGGGACCUUGGACUGGAGUUAGGUUUAAAUCUAAUACGUGUAAACCUUAUUGAAAAUGACAAUCCUCAAGAUACUGAAGCACGCCUUAAAAGAACUUUAGAGAUAUGGCUAAAUCGAAUUGAUGAUGUUGAUAAGAAAGGAGGAGCAACUUGGAAAGCACUAGUGGAUGCACUUGAAAAGAUUGGUCAGAAACCAGUAGCUGAAAAAAUAAAAGACUAUAUUGACUAAUUUAUUUGCAAUAACAAAAAUUUAUGUUGUUACAGUAAUUUUGGUUUUCAAAUUACAAAAGUUGUUCAAAUU